AUGGCUUCUCCAAGUUUGGGCUGGGAACGAUUGGAGACGGUUUUUUACCGCAGCCGCCCACUCUUUGCCCUGAAAUGGGAGGAUGUGAGUGUGAAAGAUAGCAUGGUGGCAAUUGGGCCUUAUGCGGCAGUAAUUGCUGUGUUCAGGCGUACCAUGGGAACAGCGAUAGAGAUCUACUCGGGAUCUGGAUCUCUACUUGCCUCCAUUCUCUGGAACACAAAAGCUGGCGACAUUGCCAGUCUCGGAUGGACAGGACGGUGCGAGCUGGUGGUGGUUUUUCGCCACGGGAGGUACCGUGUGUAUACAGAUUAUGACGGAGAGUUUGAAGAGUACGAUGUGGGAUCUGAGGUUAUCGAUGUCCGGUUCUGGAAUAAUGGGCUUGUUGUCCGCACUAUUGACGGGUUUAAGAGCUUUGCUUAUGGCAACGAUGAUGUGAACGAGUUCCCAAUAGUGGAAGGAUCCAUUGUUGGAUGGACUAUCAUCCCUCCUGUCUACCACACUCCUCUAAAACUUGUUAUUUCCACUCAGGAGGGGGUCCUCCUUAUAGACCAGCGCAUAAAGGACACCAAGCAGAAUGAACAAGGGCCGUACAGUCUGAUUUCUGCCUCACCGAAUGGAGACUUUGUGGCACUGUACGGCGAUGGGAGUGUGCUGAUAGUGACGAGCGACUUCACAACCACCUUGAACGUGUUCAAAUGCGAGUCAGGCGUGCCAUUGCAGCUUGAAUGGUGCGGAAACGAUGCUGUGGUGGUGAGCUAUGAAGACGAAAUGCUUUUGAUCGGGCCUUCUUACGAGUCCAUCACUUUCUAUCUGGACUCGCCGGCGAUCGUGCGGCCUGAGGUGGAUGGAUUUCUGUAUCUGGACAACUCCAAUCUUCAAUUUGUCUCCAGAGUCAGCAACUACACACUCGAGACGUUCAAGAUAGGCUCUACUUCGGCAAGUGCGAUUUUGCUGGAUGCCAUUGAACAGAUCGACCAGCGGUCGCCAAAAGCCAACGAAAACCUGGAAAUCAUAGGGGACAAUCUUGCUGACGCGGUUGACCACUGCAUCCGAGCCGCCUCUGAAGAGUUCGAUCCGUACUGGCAAAAGAAACUUCUGCGAGCAGCUACGUUUGGUAAAACCACUUUGGACAUGUACAACUCGGACGAAUUUGUCGAGACGUGCAACAACCUGCGAAUCCUCAACAUAAUCAGACAGCCGGAAAUCGGAAUCUUUCUCACAUACAACCAAUUCAUAGAGCUGGGGCUGGAUAGACUCAUAGAUCUGCUUCUUUUGCGCAAAUUACAUUACCUCUCUCUGAAAAUAGCAGAUUUCAUGAGCUUACCAAAAGACAAUAUCUACAUCAAUUGGGCGUGUGCCAAGAUCCGCAAAUCAAACCGUAACAAUGACGAACUGCUGCAGGAAUUACUCAAAAGAUUCCAGGACGAGACUGUUUCUUUUGCACAGAUCGCCCAAGCUGCCUACGUCGAAGGCCGUGCAGAGCUGGCUACAAAGCUGCUGAGUCUGGAGAAAGAUGUCAGUCUGGCAGUGCCGAUGCUGCUUGAAAUGGGCCAGGACAGCUAUGCGCUCAACAAGGCAGAAGAAAGCAUGGACACAGACUCUAUUCUAUACAUCCUAGUGACCUUGCUAAAUAAGGUUUCAGUGCCCGACUUGCUGAAAAUGCUCAACAGGAAAAAGAUUGCUUCGGGGCUUUUUAUCACCCAGCUGGCAUCCCGGGAUCUUCAGCUUUUGAAUGACUACUUCUACAAGGAAGACUCGAUAUUUGGAUUGGCAAUGGUGACUCUGCAGAAUCUCGCGAAGGAAACCGAAAUUGACAGGCAAAAACAACUGUUGAACAAAGCUUCUCAUACGCUGCAGAGAUCGAAGUACAUGAAAACAGAGUCCAAGUGGCUCAAAGAUGAGGCAAAGAACCUUGACAUCAUAGGCCCUAUAGAGUCUGGCCUGGACACUAAGACUUCUUCGCAUUUAGAGCUCUUGGAAGUACUACUACUCAGGGCCGAUUUCAAGAAAGCAGUUAAAUUACAAAAAGAUCUUAAAAUAUCAGACAAACAGUUCUACUACAAAGUGCUCAAAACAUACAUCCAGCUUCCAGAAAAAAGACGCGAGCUAUACGACUUCGCCACACAGAGGCAGUCACCUAUAGGGUACGAACCAUUUUACACGGAGUCAUUGAAAGUCGGCGACAAACGACACGCGUCGCUGUAUUUAGGACAUUGUACAAACAUGCCGUACAAAACAAAAAUCAAAUGCUAUCUUAGCUGUGAUGACCACAAAGGUGCGAUCGAAGAAGCUUUCAAACGGAAGGAUGCUGAUAUGAUCAGGCUUAUCAAAAGUUUGGCAGACAACACAGUGCAUAUCCAUUUGGCAGAUGACUACAUCGAACGUCUAACUGGAAGACGCUGAAGGCUGGAAUACGCCGUCCUUGACACGGCCGAUUGUCGAGUUUUCUGAGCCAGUCAGCCAGCUUGGCACGUUCUUUGUUUCUAUUACACCGUCAACAGCCAGCUGGUGCAGGCCUGCAAAAAUAUCGUUGCCAAGCAGUCUAAGUUUGAUUUUCGGAGCUUCCAGGGCCCCUGGAAGGGUGUCCUCAAGAAUAAACUCUCCGUACUGAACGGGGACCAAAGAGGCAUAUUUCGAGUGUGUCAACUGCUCGUCGUUGAGGCUACGAGUUUUCUGUGGCGGCUUGUUGGUGUCGUAUAGGAUUUUCGAUUCAAUUGGUGCUGUUGAUCCUUUAAACUUGAGCGAGGCAACAAGACUAUUUUUAUCUUCUCCCAUAGCCAGUCUCGACGGAUUAACACUAAGAUGAUCUUCUAUUGUUCCCAAAGGGUUGAUAUCCACUGUUCCAUCGGCAUACGGCGUCCAGCUAGCCAGCGACUGUCCAAAUCGUGAGACACCCUUGAGGACGUGGACGGCCUCCAGCGUUCGCACAGGCGGGUCCGGAUUGGGAAACAGUUGGAUUUGACGAAGCGUGGACGAGAGAGUCAUUUCCACGGACUGGAGGAUAAUUUUGGAAACAAGGUCCUCCUCAUUGGCGGCAGAGUGGAUCAAAUUAGGCGAGCUCAUCGGUAUAGCCAGGUAAUAUGGCGUUCGAGAAAGUAUAUCUGGCUGGUUUUUGUUUGCGACGGCAGAGUUAGCAGUCCGGGUUUUUUUGAAGUGGACGUACUCGUACAUCUGGAUUCUGAUCAGGAUAAGCGGAAAGUUUGGGUGUCUAGAGAUGUAGAUAUGGGUUAGAUAAAGGUUAGACAAGUUCGUGAUGAGGCGGUCCAGAAAUGCCUGCGAAUCUAGCGAGAAGAUGAAAUCGUCAAUGGCCCUGUUUGUAUCGUCGUCGUCUUUUUCUUUCACGAUUUUAGCCGUGGACGAAACCCAGCUGUAAUUGUUUGGUUUAUCGACCAUCAUUUGUAUGUCUAUCUGCGCCAAUUGCAGAGCAUUUAGGCCUGACGGGUAGUAGUCAACAAGAAGGCGAUCAAUCAAUUUCCGUUUGGGGGCCUUCUGGUCUUUCAAUGCCUUGAGAGUAUCAUUGCAGUACUCUAGGAGCUGUUUCUGGGUGAGUCCCUGGGCUCUUUGAUCUUUGGACAGUUUUGGCUGGGUCGCGCUCAUCUUGAGCCACAGCUCUACCAAAUUGAACAGCG